CCCUCUACGUCUGUCAAGUGUGCAGGCUGUCAAGAAACAAGAUGGCGUCCCCCAGGUGUGUUGCGGAUCCGGAGGUUUUGGAGUAUCAGAGAUUUCUCGAUGAUGGAGUCCGUACGCAUUCUUCAGAUGAGCAGAUUAAUGUGGAAGAAUCUGUGGCUGAAAUGUUUGAGACGUUCCUGUUGUCUAGAGACGAUGACCAUCCAGAUAAGACAAAGCCCAGGUUGCAUCGGAAACGCCACAUCAACUUCCUGUUGAAAGGCCUGGUGGCACUGUCCGAGUCCUAUGAAUGCUUGGAUGCCUCCAGACCAUGGAUCUGCUACUGGAUUCUGCACAGUCUUCACCUGUUGGAUCAGCCAGUCCUGCCAGAGGCCAGCUCGGGGGUGGUGACAUUUUUAGCCAGAUGCCAGCAUCCUGAAGGUGGAUUUGGGGGAGGUCCACACCAGUUUGCCCACUUGGCUCCCACAUACGCUGCGGUCCUGGCCUUGAUGACAGUAGGCACCCAAGAAGCCUAUCAGGUUAUCGACAGACCCAAGUUACAGUCUUUUCUGAUGAGAAUGCGCUCACCAGAGGGGGCUUUUCGCAUGCAUGAUGGUGGCGAGGUUGACGUGAGGGGUGCUUACUGUGCAGCUGUAGCAGCCAGAAUAACCAAUGUGGCAACGCCGGAAAUGUUUGACGGCACAGCCGAAUGGAUCGCAAGUUGCCAGUCGUAUGAGGGAGGUUUUGCAGGACAGCCAGGUAUGGAGGCCCAUGGAGGCUACUCCUUCUGUAGCGUAGCUGCCUUGGUGCUGCUGGGUCAUGAGAGGCUAUGUGACACAGAAGCGUUACUGAGAUGGUUGAGCAACCGACAGAUGAAGUAUGAAGGAGGUUUCCAGGGACGGACCAACAAGCUAGUGGAUGGUUGUUACUCCUUCUGGCAGGCUGGUACCUAUCCGCUCAUCCACAGUAUACUAGGAGCUCACAAAGAUGCUGCGCUCAGUGCUACUGAUUGGAUAUUUGACCAAAUGUCGUUGCAGGAGUAUAUUCUUUUGUGCUGUCAGCAUAAACAUGGAGGACUGGUCGACAAACCUGGCAAGGCUCGUGAUUUUUACCACACCUGUUACUGCCUGAGUGGUCUGUCGGUUGCUCAACACUUUGCUGCAGGGAAGCUGGCCCACAAACUCUUAAUGGGACCACCUGAAAAUGAACUGAAACAAAGCCAUCCACUGUACAAUAUAGGCUUGGAGCCUGCCUAUCAUGCCAACCAGUAUUUUGCCACCUUGGCUGUACCAAAAUGAAGGGCCAAUCAUCUUCUAGGUGCACAGGGACCGAUGAAGAGAUAUGACCCACCGUAUCUGCUAUGCUUAAGUCUGCCCUCGUCUGCAUUAGAGUUCCAACCUCAGUUCUCUCUUUAAUUUACUACACGCAAGUUUGAUCAAAGACUGUUUCACCGUUGUUCGAAUAAUUCUGAUCAAAUGUACGUUAGUUGAUGAUGGCUGACUGUUUGAGUCCACAAAUUUGCAUCAGCUUUACGGAGGUUGGUCCCUGGUUUAGGUUACCAGUAGCUGCACACAUCUUUGGGUGCGUCCGUUUAGCUCACCCGGGUCGACACGGGUCAGCCCCGUGCCGUUCGAUUAGCUCUGACGUCAUUCUCGGGGCUCACCCGGGUCAGCCACCACAGACCCUGCUCGUGAAGCAGAGUCAGUGUUGGAAAUACGUCACACGCAUGCAUUGUUCAUUCAAAGAAGUAUGGCGGCGGAACAGCGAAAAGUUCAAGUGAACUUAAAAAUUAAAUAUAUUUGAAGUCUAAAGGUAAUUGUUUAUUGAGUUCAUUGCGACUAUAAUUCAUAGACAUGAGGCUAUAAUUCCAGUCCAAAUUUUUUGAGUUUGCUAUUGACUAAAAAGCAGGGAUGUUUGAUGUGAACGCCAAGUAUGAAAAGUAGACAAUGCUUUGUUUCCACUUAUGAGAGCUCCAAUGGGAGGAACACACUGCAGCACGCAAAGUAAUAUUUUACCAUUACAUCCUAGGACAAGGCAUUGUCUUUCCCUUUAUUCCUAUAAUAUAACACUCACCCAUCGACUAAGCACACAGACUUACAGUCAGGUUGGUGUAGCGGUACUUUCCUCGCCUCUCACCGCUGUGACCCGGGUUUGAUUCC